AGGUUUUACCUACUUUUGGUCCUAGCAAAUUAAGUUUAUAUAUAUUGAGCAUAGCUUGAAAUUGCUGACUCUUACUAGGUGAAUGGAUUGACUUGUUAAACUUUAACCGCUGUAAGCAAUCAUUCAACUAAUCUCUCCCCAUAGACCAAGGAAUAAACAGCGGAAUAAUCAAGUUCAAAAAUUUUGAAAAUGAUUAGGAAAUUGAAUAUGAAUUUCUCUAUAUAUUCCCUUCUUUACCUCCAUUCCCUCUCUAUAUGCAUCUUCUUUCUUCUUCUUCUUCUUCUUCUUCUUCUUCCUCUAUCAAUCAAUUUCUCUAAUGGGUAUACAAAUUCCAAUUACUUAUUGGAUUUCACUGGUAAUCCUCUCCAAGCUGGUGUUUCUAGCUUCAGCGUCUGCGUUUGCUUCUGCUUCUGCUUCUGCUGCUGAGCAAACUAAAUUCACAUAUCCAAGUUUUCCCAAGGAGAAUUCGAAUUUCUUGAAGCUUGAAGGCAAUUCUUCCAUCUACAACGAAGCUCUUCAACUGACUCCUGAGUCUCUCAACGAAGCUUUCUAUCGGACCCACAUCAACAAGUCCGGCAGAAUCUUUUAUCCUCAACCUUUCAGGCUCUGGUCUUCAUCGUCUGCUUCAAUAUUGGCCUCCUUCAACACUAACUUCGUCAUCAACAUUUACAGGAAAUCAGAAUGGGAAGCAGGCCAUGGCUUGACUUUUCUUAUAGCUCCAAAUUCCAGCAUUCCAUUACACAGCCAUGGUCAAUGGCUUGGCCUCACAAAUUCUUCCACAGAUUCUAACCCUGAAAACCACUUUGUAGCAAUAGAAUUCGAUACCCAGAAGCAAGAUGAUGUUGAUGAUUUAGAUGGAGAUCAUAUUGGGAUUGAUGUCAACUCCAUCAGAUCAGAAAAAACAGUCUCCCUUGAUAAAUACAAUCUCACACUGUCUCCUCCACCUCCAGGUGCUAAUUACAGCAUCUGGGUUGAUUACAAUGGCACCAACAAAAUCAUGCAGGUUUACAUUGCUAAAGAAGGAAAUUCAAAGCCAGAAGAGCCUGCUUUAAGCCACAACAUAGAUCUGAAACAGCACCUGAAACAAGAUUCUUAUUUCGGGUUUUCGGCUUCAACAGGCGAUCCACAGAUUGAAUUGAACUGUGUGCUGAAAUGGGAUUUUCAGAUAGAUAAAAUCCCUGAAGAUGAAGAUGAAAAAUCAUGGUGGAAGAUUGUUGUUGGAGCUGGCGUUCCAGCAGCAACUGUAGCAAUUAUAACAGUUGUAUAUGGAUUUGUGAGAAAGAGGAGACAAUCAUCAUCAUCAUCAGCUUCUUCAAGAUCAGGAGCUGCAGGUGGAGCAGAAGAAUUUGGAAAGCUGAAAUGGUUGCCUGGAAUGCCGAGGGAAUUCAAGUACAAAGAAUUGAAAAAGGCUACCAAUAAUUUCCAUGAAAGUAUGAAGCUUGGAGAAGGAGGAUUUGGGAUAGUUUAUAAAGGUGUGCUCCAUGAAAAUAGCAGUGAAGAUAUUGCUGUGAAGAAAUUUUCCAGAGAUAGUAUUAAAGGAAAAGAUGAUUUUCUUGCUGAACUCACCAUCAUUCAUCGUCUUCGCCACAAGAAUCUUGUUCGUUUAGUAGGAUGGUGCUAUGAGAAGGGGAAGCUUCUUCUAGUUUAUGAUUUUAUGCCAAACGGCAGCCUGGAGAAGCAUCUCUACGAUGCUUCACUGCCGGAAACGCUGAACUGGAGUCGGCGACACAAGGUGCUGGAAGGAACAGCAUCUGCAUUACAUUACCUCCACAAUGAAUAUGAUCAAAAGGUCAUUCACAGAGAUCUCAAAGCCAGCAACAUCCUCCUUGACAAGGACUUCAACGCUCGGCUAGGUGAUUUCGGCCUUGCCAGAGCCCUGGAGAAUGAAAGAAACUCUUACGCUGAGCUAGGACUCGGCGGAGUUGCAGGCACAAUGGGCUACGUUGCUCCAGAAUGCUUCCACACAGGAAGGGCUACGCCUGAAUCUGACGUAUUUGGCUUUGGGGCUGUGGUCCUCGAAGUUGUGUGCGGCAAAGGUCCUGGAACCAAGAUCCAUCACAAUCAACAUCUGUAUUCGUUGGUGGAUUGGGUCUGGAUGCUCCACCGUGAAGGGCGGAUUCAAGAGGCUGUUGAUGAAAGACUCAAGAAUGAGUUUGUGGAAAGCGAAGCGAAGAGCCUGUUACUUAUGGGGUUGGCUUGUUCACAUCCUAUAGACAGUGAAAGGCCUAAAACGCAGGCCAUUGUUCAGAUUAUAUGUGGAGCUUUGCCUGCGCCUCAAGUUCCUCCAUUUAAGCCUGUCUUCACUUGGCCUUCCAUGAAUGACACUGGCAACUUCGACAGUUCCCUCUCUGGAAUCUCACUUUCUUCUCAAAGUAGUGGCAGAACAAAAAGUCUGACAAUGUUGCAGAGGACAUCAUCUAAUCUCCCAGUGUAAUUAAGGCAUUGUGCAGCUGGAGACAUGGAGCCUAAUCACUGAUAAAAACGUGAGAGUUUCUGCAGAAUUAAGCAUGUCUUACAAUGGGAUUGCUUUUUAUCAAUACCCAUUUGUUUUGCUUGUCUGAUGAUCUCGUGCAUGAUGGCACUUCCAUGAAUUUUCUGUACAUCAGUCUCUCAGUGUUCUACAUCGAUCAGGUUCUUGAAACCCACUACUGUUUAUGUUUCAAACUAGAGGUAUGCAAUUCUGGUUCUAAUUUGGGGUUUGGCUAAGAA